GACAGGGGGAGGAGAGUUUGAUCGCUGCAAUUUUAACUCUCGGCUGCUCUGGUCUGCUGUGUAGGUUCGUGCCCGUAACCCGUUCUUACAAUGACAGAUUUCAAGAUUUCUGUGCGAUUUUGUCAGCGGCGACCAUUUGUGCAUUCAGCAUAGGCAAGAUGAUACUUGUGAACUGAUAAAGUCAUUUUGAGUCUGAGACACUGACUUGUUUUCAAAGGGUUCUUUUUGGUAUCUGCUGUCUGCAAACACCUUUGACAGGUCAACACACAACCCACCUGGAACAAACACCUCAAACGAGCACUAACUGUUCAACUGGAAUGGAGAGGAUGAACAAUCAGGAAUCUUUUCAGCUCAAAGAAAAUGUCACUGCUACAACCCACGACCCAGGAGAAAGUAAUGUGAAACAGGGCAGUCAAGCCAGUAACAUUUCCCCACUUGGCAGAAAUAAUGCAGGAAGUAAAAGAAGUCUAGACUACUACUCCUCACAAGAUCAUGGAAGCAGCUGUGCCAGCUUGAACAACAGUGCACAAGUCCAAGCACAAGAGAAAGUGACUUUGGUUGUAGAUGGCACUAGAUUUGUUGUAAAUCCUCAGAUAUUUACAGCUCAUCCUGAUACUAUGUUAGGACGAAUGUUUGGACCUGGACGAGAAUAUAACUUCACUCGGCCAAAUGAGAAGGGUGAAUAUGAAAUUGCAGACGGAAUUGGCUCCACUGUGUUCCGGACAGUUCUGGAUUAUUACAAAACUGGAAUGAUUCACUGUCCUGAUGGGAUUUCUAUUCCUGAUCUUAGAGAUACCUGCGAUUAUCUUUGCAUCAACUUUGACUUCAACACAAUCAGGUGUCAAGAUUUGAGUGCUUUAUUGCAUGAGCUGUCUAAUGAUGGUGCUCACAAGCAGUUUGAUGGUUACCUGGAAGAGCUGAUUUUGCCUAUAAUGGUGGGCAGUGCCAAGAAAGGAGAACGUGAGUGUCACAUUGUGGUUUUAACGGAGGAAGAUGUAGUGGACUGGGAUGAAGACUACCCACCUCCCAUGGGAGAGGAAUAUUCACAAAUCCUGUAUAGUUCAAAGCUCUACCGAUUCUUCAAGUACAUAGAAAAUCGAGAUGUUGCAAAAACAGUCUUGAAAGAACGAGGCCUGAAAAAUAUUCGAAUUGGCAUUGAAGGUUACCCAACAUGCAAAGAGAAAGUGAAGAGGAGGCCUGGAGGGCGCUCAGAAGUGAUAUAUAAUUAUGUGCAACGGCCAUUCAUUCAGAUGUCUUGGGAAAAGGAAGAAGGGAAGAGCCGCCAUGUCGACUUCCAGUGUGUUAGAAGCAAAUCUCUAACAAACCUUAUGGUGGACGAAGAUGUAGCAGAAGACCAAGAGGUUAUGCCUUACCCUCCCCAGGUGGAUGAACUUGACAGAUUAAAUGCACCACUUCCUCAAAUGGAUCCUAGUGAUCUACCAGAUUAAAAUGGAAAGUAUAGUUUUCACUAAUGGAUUUGGUGAUCUGCCCAAUUAAAGCUUUACGGCUGAGUGUAGCCUAUCAUCAGUCUUCCAACAACUGAAUCUCUUAACAAGUUCUUUUAUACUCUCAGUUGCUGUGCUAGCUAAACGUAGUCUCUCCUCAAGCAAAGCCCUGGCAUUCUUAAAUCCAAAACUGAAAGCUCUCAAGUUUUCAUCUAACCUUGUCAAAGAAUGGAAGUAAAUAUCCUUAUUCAUUGCACUGGAAGACACCCAGUGUACAUGCGUAUGAAGUUCUGUGUUCGUAUUCAAUGUAUGGUGGCUGUUACUUCAGGGGCACCAAUUACAAGGUCAAGCACGGCAAGAAAAGGGACUCUAAUAUUACAGUUGUAAGAUGUUUAUGGAAAAAAAUGACUCAUGGUUUCAAUCCAGGUAAUAUAAAGGGCACACAAGCAGUAGCAUGAGCGGUGUUUGUCAGUUUCCUUUUCAGUACCUCUUGUGCCAACUUCAAGUAUUGCUUUUUAAUCUCAGACGAAAAGGAAACAAAGCUAAACUCUCGUACAUGCAUAGAUGUGAUAUGCACACAUCACCUCUGAGACAUAGCCUUUGUAGAAGAGGAUUUGAGUACCAAGAAGUGGAGACAGCUUAUAUACAAAACUCUUAUUAAAUCUACAGUGCUGUAUCUUAAAUAGCAGGUAACUUUCAAGCAGCCAAAUGCUCCAUAGCUGUGUGUUCAACUCCAGGUAAAAUUAGUUUUAAAUCUUGGUACAUGUUAGACAUGAAUCCCAAGAAGUGGGAAGUUCUUGAUGUGUCAUCAUGCAACCUCUAAAGUCUUUCUUUGCAUGGUGUACUAAUGAUUUUCCCUCUCUUAUGAAGGCUAUAGGGAUUUCUGAAUUCUAGCUUUAGGUGUGAGACAUUUCUCAUCUAUCGCCCCCCCCCUCCCCUCGCAAGUGAGUAAUCCAUGAAGAUCAGUGUAACAAAUGAGUUACCUAAUUUUGCCAAUUUGGAGAUAAUUCUCCAAAGUCUCAGAAACAUGAAUAUCUUUUGGCAAGCAAAAAAUACCAAAGUAUAUUAUUUCAAAGUAAAUAGCUCUGUUAGACCUCCAAUAGCUGAUGUUGGCUUUAUUGCCAAAAUUGAUUGCUGAUUUACACCAUUCUGCUGUAAGCAAACACCAGCCUCCUGUUUCAUAAAUGCAUUUCACAGAAGAGGAACACAGGCGAAGUAUGAUGACGUUCAGAUGAAAUUUGUUCUAACAGUAAAACAUUUGCCAUGUUUAUGUCUCUGGUCAUUCUUUCACAAACUGCAAGUUUUUCAAAAACAUAUGAAAGGAAUAUACCGUUAUACUAAGUGCAAGGGUAAGCCAGAAUUAUUACCCUGAUGUUCCCAGUAGUAAGCAUGUAAAGGAAAUAUGGGACAGAGUCCACAAUUCCUUUUGGAAAAAAAUCCUGCUGAACAUGUCACAGAAGAUGUGUUAAGUACUUAGAGGUUAAUUGCCCACUGCAGGAUGAUUUCCUACCCUCGCCCCACUUUGGCGCAAAAAGUUGUGCUAGAAGUGCUCUCUCUUUCCCCGUAGAAAGUGAGAAGCAUGCACAGGGCAAGAGGAAUCACAUCGGGACAUGAUUUUUUUGCCCCAACAUGGCUCCUCUCAGAGCACCGCAAAGAAGCAGCAUACUGGAACAAGAUUUCUUGACCCAAUGCGUUUGCAGUCCCAUCAUGUGCCUGUAGGUAAUCAGUCACAAGCAACCAUUAAUAUUGAAAGCAGUAUGAGAAAUUAUUACACGUGGAUUUGGUCACUGUUGGAUUCAAAGAUGGAAAUGAUUGAUCAAGAGAUUAGCUGGCAGCUAUCUGUAAUAGAGUUGAAUUCUGUGGAUCUGUUCAACUAAUGGUGGAUUUCUACUUAUGUUGAAGGAGGGCUGCACCAUUAGGAAAACAGAUUCACGAGGUUUAACUUAUAGCACCUGUUCUCAAAUCAUUUAAAUAUUCUCUCCCCCCCAAAAAAAAGUAUGCAAUUUUGAGGGUGUCAGACUUUGAAGAUGACCAACUAACGCAAAUCUAGUGUUUUUGAAGUUUGCCAUGAGAAUUACCAGUGUUGCUUAGGGGCACAUGUUUUACAAAGCUGUUACGUAAGCCAGAGUUAUCCAGUGGUUUCCAUCAGUAAACAGGUAAAGCACAGAAGGGCAGACUGGCAUUCUCAGGGGUUCAUUACAGCCAGUUUGUGGCAACUCCUCCAGACAUGCUCACUGAAUCUUCAGGAAUGUACACUCGCCUUUUACCCUUAUCAUUGUGAACACUAGCAGCCAAAAAUGAAUAACAGCUCUACUGCAAGGUCUAAGAACAAAGAUUUAAAUUCAUAUGACAAUCCAAUAAAUUAACAAGUACCCAUUUUUAAUAGAACUGUACAGCUAGUCUUUGCAGAUGGGAGAUCAAGGGCAGCUUUGCAGGGCUGCUCCUUUUCUGUUUUACCAAUAGCUGGCUGUUCAUAUCAAGAGGAGAUGCUGACGGCUAGGAAGUUAUUCAUGUAUAUGUCACAAUGCUGUGUCAGAACCCGUUUACUUCACUAUUGUUAUCUACCAGCUGUCCCCAGAAAGCCAUAAGCAUGGCAAGUAGCCAUAAUCCUUCCACUAAGGAGCCUCACAGCCAUAGGUACUCAGAGGCACAGUGCCUGUGAACAUGGAUGCUCCUGUUAACCAUCCAGCCAAUAGAAGUUGAUUACACAAAUUCAUGAAAGGCAAACCAUGUCGCUUCAUCAAAACAGUAUGAUUUAUUUACCCAAAGUUACUUGAUAGGUUUGAUUAUAGAGUGAAGUGCACUGGACUUCUGUGUAAAGUGAACAGUUCCCAUCCUGGUGUGAAAGUCCUUUUCCUUUGUUCCCUCUUUCAUUACCUGCAACUCAGGUGCAAAGAUGACAUGUUUGUUUACAAGAUCCUACGUUAUAUAUAGUUUCUGCAUAUGUUAUUUAUAUACUGCUGCAUACCCUUUAUUAAAGUAUUAUUUGUUCAAUUAA